AUGGACACAACUCUGGACCCUGUGCUGUCUUUGACCACAACUAUUUCAUUUGAUGAGGAUGAUGAGGGGAACGAAACGACGAUAAAUGUUUUCGCACAGCCGGGCUGGCAAGUUGCGCUCUGGGCGAUCGCGUACGCUCUGAUUGUAAUCGUGUCCGUUAUUGGCAAUGUCACUGUCAUUUGGAUCAUUCUGGCGCACAAGAGAAUGAGGACAGUCACCAACUAUUUUAUUGUGAGUCUUGCAUUCUCGGACGCGUCGAUGGCAGCUUUUAAUACGGUGUUCAAUUUCGUGUACGCCCUGCACAACGACUGGUACUUCGGAUUAGGGUACUGCCGGUUUCAAAACUUCUUCCCCAUCACGGCAAUAUUUGCCAGCAUUUACUCCAUGACGGCCAUUGCUGUUGACAGAUACAUGGCCAUCAUUCACCCCCUGAAGCCCCGGCUCUCCGCCACCACAACAAAGGUGGUGAUCGCGCUCAUCUGGGCUGUGGCCUUCUCCCUGGCCUUCCCCCAGUGCUUCUACUCCCAGACCAAGUUCUUCUCCCCCCGAACCGUGUGCCUGGUCGACUGGCCUGGUGACUAUGGAGGAAAACACCAGCUCACGUACCAGAUUGCCGUGAUCAUACUGAUCUACUUGCUCCCCCUGCUGGUGAUGCUGGUGACCUACAGCCUGGUGGGGCUGACGCUGUGGGGCAGCGCAAUCCCUGGAGAGGCCUCAGAACACUAUCAGAACCAGAUACAGGCAAAACGCAAGGUGGUGAAGAUGAUGAUUGUAGUGGUGCUGACCUUCGCCUUCUGUUGGCUGCCUUUCCAUAUCUACUUUCUCCUGGGAAGCUUCAACAGGGACAUCUACAAGCAGAAGUACAUCCAGCAGGUGUACCUGGCCAUCUUCUGGCUGGCCAUGAGCUCCACCAUGUACAACCCCAUCAUCUACUGCUGUCUGAACCACAGAUUCCGGUCAGGAUUUCGCAGUGCGUUCCGCUGGUGUCCGUUUAUCCAGAUAUCCGAGGAGGACAACAUGGAGCUGCAGCACACCAGGACCUUCCGAAUGACGCGCAGCUAUCGCACCGAGACCACCACCGUGGUCCACCGGAACUCCGCCGACCAGGAGGAAACCAUUACCAAGCUGAUAAAAGCCUGA